AUUAUAUUUUCUUUCACAAUUCUUAAUUAAAAGACAUUGACUUACAGGGUACACAGGAUUUGAAGGCUCCAAACCAAAUGGAAAGGAGGGUGGAAACUGUGGAUUACCAAUCAUCAGUGGGACAAGGACAAGAACAAAGGCCUGUAGAAGUUAUUCACCAGACACAAAUUCAAUCAAACACUAGUGGUGGUGUAUUAGCUAAUGCUGCUGCCUCUGUUGCAUCGACCCUUGAAUCCGCCAAAAGAGCUAUUUCACGCAAAUAAUUCCCUAAUAUAAUACUAUAUACGUUGUCUAAUUUUUUUAAUACUUCUUUAUUUUCUAAAUGCAAACCCUCCAAGGGGAGCAUAUAUAAUACUUUUUCAUGUGACUCGAUCUUCUAACCUACAUGUUGGAUGUGUCA